GAUUCGCCUGACCUCCCUGUACUGUACUUCAGGCUGUAGAAACUAUCAUUCUACAUCAUUUGACACACGAAUGUGCGCCGCAAACGGCAAUCAAGGAAGGAAAACAAACAAAUAUCAGUUCUCCCUUCAAUAUAACAUGCAAUAUUGCGCAUCACACGUUUGCACAGAGAGGCACCAAAGACAGCAGCGGGUUUCAUCCGUCGUCCUUCACAUCAGUGGCUCCUUGGUCGUAUCCUCAUUCUGCUGACUUCUACGGAUUCGUAUAAAACCGGCCACUCCCUCCCUCCUUCCCCGGCCCACUCUCACUACCUCAUUCAUAAUUCAUUCCCUAUUGUUGAAGCCUCUUGGCGCCAAUUGUCCGACCAUAUCCUUUCUUGCCGCCUUUUGUUUACCGCUUAGUGAGAAAUUAGAUUGCAUCCUGUCUUCACGCCCCGACUGAUUCCCCUGUCUGCAUUCCAGACCCAUCCUAUUCGCCCACUGCCCGUAUGCCCAUCAGUCGUCGCACAGCGCCAUAUAAAUCUCCGGACUCGGAUUCAAGAACAAAAAUGUCUCUUUCUUCAACCCCUCGCACAGCCUCGACACUAUCCUCCACAGCAUCUUUCUUGCUUCCAUCAGUCUCAUCCUCAUCCUCGACCUCACGCGCGACCUCCUCGUUCUUCAUUCUUGUCCUCGUCGUCAUCAGUCUGUGCUCAAACCUUUGGUUGGCUCCAGUAGAAUCCGCUCUUUCGCCUGUCGUAGCAGCAUCUCAACUCAUAUCUACCCCAGUGCCAACAGUAGUACCUGAAAUCGACACUAGUUCCCAUCAACUCCUCAAGCGAGCGCCAUACACUGCAGAAACUCAGCACACUUCUACAGCAUCCCCUUCACCCUCAUCAACAAGGUCUGCAUCCACCCCAACUUCCAAACCAACCAUGUCCACAUCAACAGUAUCCUCAAUACCAUCCUCCGCUACCUCACCCACAUCCUCCUCCAUCGCAGUCCCCUCGCCUGUCACGACCCCUCUCCCCGACACCAAAGGUGACACAGUCCUCUUCGGUCGCCCAGCAGUCAUCGCUGGCUACAACCUGACCACGGGUAUCCUCGUCAACGGUGCCUUCUUCCUUAUUUUCUCGAUCGUCAUCGUUAUCGCAACCGUGAAACGAGCACAGUUCAGGAGACAAUUCCGAAGGGACAUCGAGAAGUUCGGUUCUGUUGAAGCCGGUCGUACGUCCCCGGGAGGUAAAGGUGGAAAGGGUAGUCCGGCGAUCGAAAAGAAAAGUGAGAAGCAUAGCGGUGAUGCUCUGUCCAAGCAGACCUCCACCAGCAAACAAAGGCUUAUGGAUGAUAUCGGGCCUGGAGGGAUGCAGAAUACCCACAUCGCAGAUGCCAAUAGAAGCGCCCCUACUUACGAGAACCGCUCUGAGGAACAUCGCCAAGGCCCACGAGGCGGGGCAGGUGUCAGGUUCGGUGAAAGUGAACGGUAUGUUCCCGCUGGGGGAAGGACGGGACAACAACUACCGAGGAGAAACAAUAGUGGCCGCCUUCCAGAGAGAUCGAACUCUGAGAGAUCGAACUCUGAGAGAAACGCACAUGCGCAACAAGGCCGUGGUGAGCGACGAGACAUCGCCGACCCAUUGGCGCGCUACCAAGAUGAGCCCCAAGACAGAACCGACUAUAGCCUUCCUCCACUCACGGCUUCAACCAUCGACAACUCCUAUAAGCCAGCUCGUGUCAUUCAAGCCUAUGAGGACUAUAAUACACCACAGGCACCGCGUCCCACAUACCAGCAGCAACUUCUUAGUCAGCAGCAAGCUCUUAGCCAACCCCGGCCCUUGCAACCUGUGAAGAGAUCGAACUCUAACCGCACCCCUGUGGCCCGCUCAGAAUCGUCGUCGUCGUCGUCCAUGCCCGUCGGUCUCCCACCAUCCGCUCGUGCUAUUGAGCGCGCCAAUUCUAGGCCAAGGAUCACAACCCAAGGCUUGGCCGACCUCUCAGGAUCCAGUCUGUCGUCGCACUCUGGUUCGAGCUUAGGCUCAUAUGCCAAUUCCCCCGCUGAUCGGUACGGUCGUUCGGGCAGCCGUGGAGGCUCUCCUGUCGUGCCAAUCGAGAUGGACGCAUACCCAACACCGAUUGCACGGUCCAACAGCGCAAGAUUGCCGACGCAAAUGCGUGUAGGAGGUGGUGGCCAGGCAUACGAUGGCAGCUAUGCGUAAAAUCCAUCAGAGAAGACACACUUGUACAGUAGACUAAUAUUCAAUGGCAGCCCACCAUGUAAAGAUAUAGAAAAAAUAAAAUAUACACAGACUAUUACUUGCAUACUACGAC